CCAGUUUUUGCUGUUACAAUUCCCACAACGGUCCAUAUAUCAAUAUCAAUAGUCCCUCAUAAAACCAUCAUAAUUCAUAUUAACAUUUGCUUACAUUUUACAUUACAUAUCACAUAGCAUAUACCUUAUAAUAAUUUCUACCACUGUUUGCAAUGGAAACUACUGCCACUACCACCACCACCAUCACCACCACCACUACUACUACUGAUGCCAAGGUUCAACAUGUUACCAAGAAAUCUUCAGAUGAGCUUCUGAGGAAGUUUGCUGAAGCUGAUUCUGAUGGGUCUGGACAAAAGAAAGACCUUCUGCGUGUUGCCAAAAGGCAGAAGAAGAUGAAGAGGGACCAUCAAUGUGACAACAGCAGCAGCACUGCUGUCGUGGAACGGAGGUCGCUUCUGCCGCCGGUGGUGACACGGAGGUCGGUGUUGCUCCGGCAGCUCAGAGCAAGAGAUGUCAGGAACAGGUCAUCACUCUUGGGAACCAUUCACAAGACAUGGCGUAGAACUGUGGAAGGGGCAUCCAGAGUGUUCAUGGAAAAGCAUUAUCAUCGCCACAAGCGUUUGAUCAAUGAUUUAGUUUAGGCACUUCUGCUACUGUGCUUAAAAAUUCCAAGCUCUCCAAUUCAAGUCCUGAAUCCUGAUCAGAAAGAAAGAAAGAAAACAAUGAUCGGUCCAUAUGUAUAUUGCACUAUUUGUUAUUUAAGUUCAAUUUUUGAGGCUUUUAUUUUUACUGACUCUAUUCUUUCGCUUUCAAGUAAUAAUAAUAAACUUCAUUCCACCGUUUUGAA